AUGUGGGUGAAGCUGUGCGGCCUGCUGCUUUACUUUCUGAUGCUCUUCGUGCUGGCCCGGGUGUUCGAGGCGUGGUACGAGAGUGGCUUCCUUGCCACGCAGCUGGUGGACCCGGUAGCACUGAGCUUCAGGAAGCUGCGGACCAUCCUGGAGUGCUGCGGCCUGGGGCACUCGGGGCUGCCCGAGAAGAAGGAUGUGAGGGAGCUGGUGGAGAAGUCAGGAGACCUCAUGGAAGGAGAGCUUUAUUCUGCUCUCAAGGAAGAAGAAUG